AUGCCGACAAAGCCAACGGAUGGAGCGAAUCUCUCUGUGGUGUCAGAGUUUGUGUUCCUGGGACUCACCAAUUCCUGGGAGAUCCAACUUCUCCUCUUUGUGCUCUCCUCCACAUUUUAUGUGGCAAGCAUGAUGGGAAACUCCCUCAUUAUGCUCACUGUGACCUCUGACCCUCACUUACACUCCCCCAUGUACUUUCUGUUGGCCAACCUCUCCUUCAUUGACCUGGGAGUUUCUUCUGUCAGUUCUCCCAAGAUGAUUUAUGACCUUUUCAGAAAGCAUAAAGUCAUCUCCUUUAGUGGCUGCAUCACUCAAAUUUUCUUCAUCCACAUCAUUGGUGGUGUGGAGAUGGUACUGCUCAUAGCCAUGGCCUUUGACAGAUAUGUUGCCAUAUGUAAGCCUCUCCACUAUCUGACCAUCAUGAGCCCCAAAAUGUGCAUCUUCUUUUUAGUGGCUGCCUGGGUGAUUGGUCUUAUCCACUCCAUGGUUCAAUUGGUUUUUGUGGUAAACUUACCCUUCUGUGGUCCUAAUGUGUUAGAUACCUUUUACUGCGACCUUCCUCGGUUCAUCAAACUUGCCUGCACAGACACCUACCAACUAGAGUUCAUGGUCACAGCCAACAGUGGGUUCAUCUCUGUUGGCUCCUUCUUCAUACUGAUCAUUUCCUAUAUCGUCAUCAUUCUCACUGUUCAGAAACGCUAUUCAGCUGGCUCAUCCAAGGCUCUGUCCACACUAUCAGCUCACAUCACUGUGGUAGUCUUGUUCUUUGGUCCUUUGAUAUUUUUCUACACAUGGCCAUCUCCCUCCACACACCUAGAUAAGUUUCUGGCCUUCUUUGAUGCAGUUCUCACUCCUUUCCUCAAUCCUAUCAUUUACACAUUCAGGAAUCAAGAAAUGAAGGCGGCAAUGAGGAGAGUAUAUAGACAGCUGGUGAAUUACAGGAAGACAUCUUAAAUGAUUCCUGUAUUGUGAAGAGGCCUUGUUAAUUACUGAUGUUCAUUAUUAAUGGUCAAACUCAGAGAAAAGCUCUUGGUUUUACUAUCUUGAUUUGAUUAUACACACUGAUAGUCUAUUUUAUCUUUCACUAGGAAGAAAGGAUAUUCACUUUUGAAAUGAGAGAGCUACAUACAAAGUAUUUGUAAACCAAAGAUUAUAAUAAUCUUGAGCCUAAAUUCCUGAGGAAUAAUACUUGCAUGAAGUAAUUUUCAGAAAUACAUGAAGGAAGUCUUCUGUAAGGCCUUCAGAACAGAGAGAAGUAUCUUUUAAUCCACCAUAAUUCAAUAUGACUUUGUCUUAACUUGACUACAUCUGCAAGCACCCUAUUUCCAAAUAUGGUGACAUUCACAGAUAUUAGGGAUUAGGAUUUCAACAUGUCUAUUUGGUGGACACAAAUCAACCCACAACAGUAGGUGGU